CUGUCAAAUGGCUUGUUGUACAAAACAGGGUCCUGCCUCCUCAUAGGAAUGUAAUGCUACAAACGUGGGAAUUUAUGUAUGACUCGUACUAUGAUGUUGAAAACAAACUGACCUAAUUUGAUCUUUUUGUCUGUCUUCCUAUAGGUCUGACAGCAACUGAAAUACAAGCCAACGAAGAAGAGUGUUGUAUGUAAAACAAAGCAUUGCAGUCACUGUGUUUGGAUAUUGUGGUCUAUGUGCAGAGCUAUGGCAAUCCCUGCUGCUGCACUGAUUUUUGUGGUGUAUUGUUUCCAUGUCAGUAAAGGAACCAUCUCUCCAGUGGAAUGGUUUUCAGAAGAUAUACUGAACAUUUAUGGUGAAAAUGGCAGUCUUACUUUAAGUCAGCUGAAUGACCUGCUGAGGAAAAUUGGAGUCGGCCAAGAACAAAGAGACAGAAAAGCUAAUGUGACGACAGGAGGCAAAUUACAUUUUGCGCAGUGCCUACUGACGGAGGACAUAAUUUCCCUUUAUGAUCUGAAUAAUAGUGUACUAACAAGGGAUGAUGUGAAAGAAAUUUGUCCUGCCAUUUUACACCAACUUACUAUUCAGCCAUGUAGACAAGAGCAACACCUUAUUGCAGAAGAAGAAAUAAACAUUCAUGAAGUUUGGGGAUUUGGAGUGCUUGCUGUGACUAUUAUCAGUCUAAUGUCCCUACUUGGUUUAACUGUCGUCCCUUUAUUGAAGAAGCCCUAUUUCUCUAAAAUUUUAAUAUACUUCAUUGGUCUUGCUAUCGGAACUCUCUUUUCUAAUGCAGUUUUUCAGCUUAUUCCAGAGGCCUUUGGAUUUGAUCCCAGAAAUGAUGGCUACAUCCUGAAAUCAGUAGCUAUAUUUGGUGGAUUCUAUCUUCUCUUCUUCACGGAAAGAAUACUUAAAAUAUCACUAAAGGCGGAUGGGAAGCAUGGUCACAGCCACACUGGGUCUAUUCAGACUUCUAAACAAACACCAACUAAGGAAUUGGAACUCCUCAACAGCUGGAAUGCAAAUACUGACUUGAAUCAUUUUGAGCAUGAUUCACAUUACAAUCAUGUGGACAACAAAGAAGUUGAAAGGACCAUUCUUCAAAAUUCAGAUUCCAGCUACUUAAAUAAUAAAUCUACAGAAAAAACAGGCUGCAAUACAGAUGAUAAAGAGAAACCCACAAGAAAUCACAAACACAAGCUGUCAGGAGUUGCAACUGUUGCAUGGAUGAUCACACUUGGGGAUGCUCUGCACAACUUCAUCGACGGACUUGCCAUUGGUGCCUCAUUCACUGUAUCUUCUCUCCAGGGACUCAGCACUUCCAUAGCAAUCCUCUGUGAGGAACUGCCUCAUGAACUCGGGGAUUUUGUUAUCUUGAUAAAUUCUGGCAUGAGUACUCGACAGGCUCUCUUCUUCAAUUUUAUGUCAGCAUGUUCUUGUUACAUUGGCUUAGCAUUUGGAGUACUAGUUGGCACCAAAUUCAGCCCAAACUACAUAUUUGGUGUUGCUGGUGGCAUGUUCUUGUACAUCUCCCUGUCAUCUAUGUUCUUGGAGAUGAACGAAACAAUAAUGGACUCCAUUAAAACAAGAAAAUCUGAUGCUAGAUUCUUCCUCAUCCAGAAUGCUGGAAUUAUAACCGGAUUUAUUGUUAUUCUACUCCUUACAAUUUUUGCAGGUGACAUCCAGUUGGACUGAGAUUGUAAACCGUUUAUUUGUACCAAAGAAUCAACAGCAAACACAAAGACAUUUCUGGUACCGAUCCUGAUGUGUUCAUUGAUUGCCACAGUGACUACAUUUACUUUUAUCUCUCACAAUUAUUUGAAAUCUCAGAAAACCUAGUUUUACUGCCUGUACAUCGUUUGGCUCCUAUUUUAGAGCAAAUAAGCAUUUUAUAGAAGUAAUAUCAAUUUCUGAAAUGAAGUUCACUAGAUUAAAGUUUUUAAAUGUC